CGCAUUUCGGCCACAAAGCAGCACAAAAUUAAAAUCAAAUUUUAGGCCAAAAGGGCGCCAAGGGGCAGUCGUAUAAAGUCCGGAAUUAAAAAGUCAUUUACGGUCCUACGAAUUUCGAACCGGCGGCCAUUUUCCUUUAUUUGCAUAUAUACACGCGCCCAGGAUCCGUAGGAUACAAACCGAAUCUGGAAUUGCAGAGUCGUCCCUUUGGCGAAUCGGUGUAGCAUGUCAAGUGGACGCAGCGCCCGCCUCCCCGCCACGCCCACCCAGACCGCCAACAACAAGCACAGGGCGGCAGCAGCAGCGGCAGCAGCAGCAGCAGCAGCAGCAGCAGCAGCAUCUGUUGCAAGUGGAGAGCCCAACAGCAACAGCAUGUUGCAGUACGGCGGCAGCAAUGUCCAAGUGCCGACCACAGCAACAACGGCAUCUUCGUCCUCUGGCAUGGGAAUGGGCGUGGUUGGGGGCGGGGGCGUGGGCAUGGGCAGCAUGGGAGGCGGCAUGAAUAUGGGCAUGGGCAUGGUCGGUGGCAUGGGCAUGGUCAUGGGCGGCGGCGGCGGAGGGGGCAUGGCCCCCUACAGCCUCCACGCCUCCACCAUGGGCAGCAGUUGCGAGUCGAGUGUGGAACGCAUCCCGGUGGACACCAUCGAUGCACUGGGCCCCGAACUGGCGGUGGCCACCUCACAGGUCCUGGAAAACCUCUCCGAGAACGAGCGCAAAAUGAUCAUCGAGGUCCUCAAUCGAGACGAGUCGGUGCGACAAAGGGAUGCCACCAGAAUGAUGCUCUUGCGCGCCGAAUUGUAUGCUUUGAGGCGUAAGGGUGCGGCCAAGGUCGUUGGUGGAGUGCAGCCACUCGAUGCCACACAACAACAACCACAGACAACCAUGCAGCCCAAUCAACAACAACAACAGCUCGAACAACACAAUAACCACAACGCACACACAAGCGACCCGAGUCGCCACUGCGCCCGCUGCACCACCGAAUUGGGGCGCAUCACCAACCGGGGCGCCCCCUGUCGCGUCUGCAAGCUGCGCGUGUGCAAAGCCUGUCGCGAGUUCACAUCGCGCACCACGGACUGGGUGUGCGUGGUGUGCCACAAGCAAAUGGAGUUACAGUCGGCCAGCGGCGAGUGGUUGAAGGACGCCUAUACCCUGGGAUCCUGCAGUGCCGUCGACCAUCUGACCACCAGCGACGUCUUGAGAAAGAGCAUCCGGCGUUCUUGGACCAUAUCGAAUCCCGAGGACGAUCCGAACAACCCGAACUCGCAGCAGCCGGUGGCGGACAACCUGUAUCCGCAGCAGCAGCAUCUGAUUGAGGCCCAGUCGGCGGGCAGCUACCCCACCCUGCACCAGCACCACCCGCAGCACCACCUGCCCCCGCAGCCCCGGCCCACGCACGGCAUCGGCUACGGCAGUGGCACUGCCACGCCCACCACCAGCAGCAAGUGGCAGCUGGGCCGCAGGGUCCUGCGUCAGUCGACGCUCCCCAGCAGCCUGAACAACGACCCGGCUCUCAGUGGCAGUGGUGGCAACCUGGCCAACUACAACUCCGUCAACCUAACGGCGCCCACAUCGCCGCAUCAGCUGCAGAAGAGUCCGCUCUAUCCGAGCGCCUACAACAGCGACGACGUCAUCCACAUGAACACCAUGCCGGGCAUGGGAAUGGGCGUGGGUGUUACAGUAGGUGACUGUGACAACUACGCACAGCAGCAGCAACAGCAGCAGCAGCCCCAACUGGAGGUCACGCCCACGCACCAUCGGCUGCAGGUGCGCCGCCAAUCCACGCUGCCAGCUCAGCCCACUCCGGCCAUCUACAUGUCCACCUCCCCGAACCGCCUGUACAGUCGCUCCCCGGAAAGAUCGCCGGGGGAGCAGCAGCGCUAUCCGCCCUUUAUGCGGCAGACCUCGUUCCCGGAGCCGCCGAGCACCUAUCACCGCACCAAGCUGCUGCCCAGCACGGGAGCACCUUCAUCAGCGGCGGCAGCACCUCCACCUCUGAACUACGAAUCACAGGCCUCCAGUAUGGCCAGCGAUGACCAGGAUGUGGGACCCAUGCCCAAGCCCAGAAUGACGCGGCAGGCCACGCUCCCUAAUCCCGAGCAGCAUGUGAAGCUACUGCCCACAUCGCCGCCAAAGCGACAGACUUCCCCGCAGUUUCGACGUUCUCCGGAGUUUAUGCGUCAGCAGACGCUGCCCAAUCCGGAGGCUUUUAGCAGUGGAAACACCCUCACAGUGCACUCUACGCCGCCGGCCAAAUUCAUGCCCAUCUCGCCCAGGGCCAAGCAGAAUUUCCUCUUCCCCAGCGUACCGAAUCCCCGGCAAUUUCUCUCCCAGCCCCAUGUGCCCGCCGUGGGAGGCACUGAUCUGGGCAGUGGAGGCAGUGUGGCCAGCACCGGAGGUCCCAGUGGUGGUGAGCAGUACUCGAGCAGCCAGAGUGUGAACAUCCAUCACUCCCGGGAUCCGCAUGCCAAGAUGAUAAAGGUGCGAAGCCACAGCAACGAGGAAUACUCGAAUACCAAGGCACAUCCGGAGAACAGAAGAUUGCUGCCGGAGAUUCCCACAACUGUGCAGCGACCAGGUGGUCGAUCACCCAGUCGCCUGGUGCGACAGGAUUGCCUCAAAGAGGAGCGGACUUUCGGGGAGGCCAAGCAGCAGUUUCAUCAGUUUCCCGAUGUCACCGAGGAGCUGGACAAUCGUCCGGAGUACGUGGAUUACUUUGGUGAUAGUGCCACUAGCUUCUUGGAGUCCGAUGAAGUGCAGUACGAGCGAAAUUACAAUGCCGGAUUCAGCAGUGAGCCGCGCAUUAUCUACAACAAUGGAUCGGAUGAUGGUAGCUACCAGAACUCUUCCCAGAGACCCAUCUAUAGUGCCGAGAAUGUCCUGGCCGAUUCGGGUUAUGGAGGAGGUGCCGGCGUGGGUCUGGGUGCCAGUGGCGGUUCAGGUGGUGUGCCCACCUACUAUCCCGAUAUGGGCACUCCACAGGGCUUCUAUGGAGGAGCCGCACUGCCUCGCACUCCCCUGAUGCACAAUCGCCUCAGGCGGCGGCAGUCCAGGGAGCUGCAGAUGCAGCAGGAGGAACUGGCCCAGCUCUCGCAGGUCUCGGAUGCCAGUGGCAAGGGUUCCGGCAACGAAGGUGCCUCCAGUAGUGGAGGUGCCUCCGAUAGUCACGCCGCCGAGAGAAGAAAGCCCGAGCAGAUGCGCUCCGUUUCAGAGGAUUCGGGUGCCAAGACCACUCCCAAACCGGUCACACGACGAUCCUUUUCGCAUCCCGAAAAAGACACGCAGCCCACGAAGAAAACGGAGAUAUCUAAGAUACCCAGCCCACGACCCUUGGCUGAUAUCCUGGACAAAACGAGGGGCACCUCCAAGAUUCCCCAGGCGAGACGCCGCAACAGUCGCACUGGAAUUGGGGAGGCUGAGGAGGGUAGCACGCCCCAGCACAUUUACUCCUUCCAUCAACAGCUUAUGCAUAGAAACUCUGAUUUAGCCAUGCGCCUGAAAAAAACAGAAAUUCCUGUCGCCUCAGUAGCAUCAGCCGCCGGCCAAGAGGAGAAUCAGAAUCCGCCGAAUCCCCAGGGGGAUUCCCAGGGCCAAGGAUCUGGAGCGGAGCAGCCGGUCAACGGCAAAUCCCUCGAGUCCUCGGCCAACAAGGAGCAGCAACAGCAACAGCAACAGGGCGACCCAAACAUCUCGGCGGAGGCCACCCACACCAGCACUUUGGGCGAACAGGAGCUGCAGAAUGCAGUGGAGGCCGCGGCGGUUGUCUUCAAGAAGGUCGUGCUGCAGCGUCGCAAGGAGAAGGAGAAGGCCGCCGAAGAAGGCGUGCAGCAGCAGCAGCUGUCGGUGGUUUCCGGUGAUACCGGUGGAUUAGGAGGGGGCGAUGCCAUGGAAACGUCAUCGUCAUCGGAGCUGGACUUCAGGUGUUCCACUCAACACGGACGCCAGCAGCAGCAGUCGCAGUAUAGCGUUGAAGCCGACGAGUUCAAGUUAGUCUUCCUCAACUCGGAUUCAUCGUCCUCCUGUCACGGCGAAGAAGAGGAAGAGGAGGAGGAGGAGGAGGAUGACACGGAUUCAUCCUGCUCCACGCACCACUGUCACAGCAUUGUGAGCAAUGUGGAGGAUUGCGAUUGGGACUACUUUGAGCCCUCCAUGAUCUCCACCACCACAACGACAACAACAACGAUGAUUGCUUAUAGCACAGCCCGUGCCACGCCCACUCCGCCGCCGCGUGUGAGGCGUCAGUCCAGCGAUAGUGAUUCUCCGUUGGUCCAGAGACGCACCCAGCCACUGAGGAGCACCUAUUGCCCCAGGAUCAGGGAGAGUGACACGGGCACCGAUGAGGAGUUUGUCCUGAACACCGAGAGCAGUUCCCAGACCAGCUCCGAUCAGACACCACCACCCGUGCCACCUCCUCCCCAUCCACUGAGCAUGAAGACCCGAAUUAAGACGCGAUUCCUGAAGAAUCACCACCACCACAGCCACAACCGAUGCAGCUGCAAUCCCAACCAGCAACAGCAGCAGCAACCGCAGUAUGUGCCCAUCCCUGUGCCCGUGCCCAUUCCCGUGCCCAUGGCCGCCUAUCCCAAUUGGCCCGAUGCAGCCGGUAAUCCUCUCCUGGAACAGGACGAGCAGCUGGCCGCCAGUCUGCAGCAGCUGUGGAAGGCAGCCGGCCACCAGCAGCAAUUUGCCGCCAUAGUUGCAGCCUACUCGCAGCAAUUUGCGGCUGCCAGCAGCAACAUGUUUGAUGCAACGCCGCCGGUGACCAGCAAGAGUUACCAACAACUGCCCACCACUCCGCCGCCUAUGAUGCCGCAACGCUUGAGAGGAUUGGGCCUGGGUGGAUUUAAGUCCUCGGCCCCAGAGCUGAGUGCCUCGCUGGGAUCGCUGAUGACGCAGUCCCUCUGCUCGACCAUAUCCUCCUCCUCCUCGUCCAGCACUUCGGGCUAUGGCACUGCGGGACGGAGUCUGGAAACGCUGGCCAGUCCCAAGCGAGCUGCCAACUCGAUGCAGCAACAACAGCAGCAACAGCAACAGCAAUACCAACAACAGCAGCAGCAGCAGCAACAAAUGGCCAGCAAUGCUUUCAAGCCAAAGCCAACAAGUUUAGUAGCGUCGCGUUCGCCGACGGGUGAGCAACCAGAAACGAGCAACGCGCGUCGCGGCAGCAGCAGCAGCAGCAACAACAGCGAGAGCGACGACAGCAACACCAAGAGCAGCAGCAACACCAAGAUUAACAACAGCAACAACAACAACAACGCAACGCCCACAACGGGUAGAUUGUGUAAUGUUUAUGAUAAAACCGGCACAUUGCCAGUGCCCGCCGUUCAGGCACAUGUUGCCAGUAUAGAUAAGAGCCCAGCAGCAGCAGCGGCAGCGGCAGCAGCAGCAAUAUCAACAGCAACACCAGCGACAUCCACAAAGGGAAGCGCUCUGAGAGUGGCCAGCAAAUACCAGAGCCGAAAUCUAUGCGAAACCCAGCCAGGGGCAACAACACAAACCUACCUGGCCAGUAAAAACAGCCACGAAGAAGUGGAAACGAAUAUACAUAAAAAUCAAGUACCAACAGCAGCAGCAGCAGCGGCAGCAACAACAACAGCAACACAAACACAAACAGCAACUAGAGCUGCGGCUCCUGCGGUAAUAACUCGUUUCGGCGGACUUGCAGUCGAAAAUGCUGUUGGAAAUGUGGCUAAAAGUGGCUGUCCCAAUCCCAAUACCAAUCCCAGACCCAGAGCCCAGCACCCCGAGCACAUAGAUCAGCGGUUGGCGGCGGCAGCGGAGAUUGCCAAGAAUUUGUCCUCCAAUCGACUUAUAGAGCACAUCAAGAUGUCCGAUGAGGCAUCGGCAUCGCCUUCGGUUUCGGUUUCUGCCCAUCUGCAGAGCGAGAGCUAUGCGGCCAGCAGUCCAGAUGAGGCCAGCAGCAACAGCAGUCAGGAGGAGGGGGAUCGGGAGGAGAAUCUUGAUCCGGAGCGAGAGCAGGAGCAACCUAAACCACGUAAGACCACCCAGAGGAGCUACAAUGUGGCGGAAAUGAUGGAGGAGCAGCAAGAUCCAGUGGUUCUUCCCGAGGAGCAGCGCCACCACAGCACCACCAGCGAUUCCAGCUCCAGUAGCUCCAGCUCCAACUCCAGUUCCAGCUCAGAAUCCUGUGACUCGGAUGAUACGGGCACAGUGCGCGAUCGCCGGCCCAAGAGGAGGAGAUUCAACAAGGUGUUCAUAGUGAAUCGACAGCCUGGCGCCCGGGUGAGACGCAGUUCCUCCACCGAGGGUGAUUCACUGUCCUCCUCCGAGGCCAAUUUAGAAGACUCAUCCGACAAUGAUACGGACACCGAGCGCACGGAUUGUGGGAUUGUAUUGAACUAUGUGAAACCGCUAGAGGAGGAGGCCAAGAAGGCGGAGGAGGAGGUGGAUGCGCCGGCUGCACGUGAUUGCCAAUCGAGUGACGAAGAGGAGGAGGAUGAUGAUGAAAGUGAACGCCGUGUUGCCAACUCAAGCGAUGAGCUGGCCAACUGCAUUGUGGUGGUGGGCGGGCAGACGGAUGACGCCUCCGCCGGCGUGGUGCUGCAGCACAUGCGAUCGCUGCCAGACGAGGGGGAUGAUCAGCAAUUAGAGCGAUGCCACAGCCAGGUGAUGGAAUCUAGCGAUGCCCUGGCCGCCUGCGAUGAGCUGCACAGCAUCUCGAACGAUGUCAACCGACUGCUGGAGCUGCACAAGCAGAAUUCCCAGCUGGAGAUGAAGCUGCAGCGUUUGCGCCAGGGAGUGGCCGAAAUCAAUGAGGAUCUGCAGCUGUCCAAGGGUGAUAGCAGUGCUGGUGGAAAUGGCACUCAUGUGGCUGCCACCCACUCAGGUAGUCCAGGGAAACCCGACGAGUGCAGCCCUUCUCGGAAAAGCCCCUCUAAUGAGCUGGGUCUCACCUGCUGGCCAGAGCAGGUAAACGAAAAAGCAGAGGCAAAGGCAAAGGCAAAUAGCGAUGAGCAGAGUGGCAGAACAGCUGAGCAAACCGAGCACACCGAACAGAGGGUCGGCACAUGCAGUCAAGCAUGCAAAAUAAACGACAACAACAGUGACUACUCGCUGGAUUCACUCUCGGCAACUCCGGCGAGUUUGGGCUGCCCACCUGAGCAGGUAGAAGAGAGCAUUCUGGAAUUGCUACCUGCAAAAGUCGCUCGCGAGCAGCGGCAAUAUCAUCGGUUUGAAGCGAAACCGGAGUCUCUGGAGUCGCCAGUCGAAAAUGAAAUGUUAAACGUUGCGGUUGCUCCACGCUCGGCGCUCCUAAGCGGCAACAACAAUACCACGAACAACAACGAUAAUAGCUAUAAAGAAAACACUAGUAACAACAACAACAGCGAACUUGGCCAUAAUAAUAAUGACGCUUUCGCAGCACAAAAAAAGACGUGGAAUAGCGGUUCGAGUGACGUAGUGAGUGUGAAUUCAAAUGUGAGUGGUGAAAACGAGUGUGACUACGACAAGAUAUUCGGUAGCCAUCAGCAAAAUACCCCAAGUGCAACAGCAUCAUCAGUUGGAGCAGCAGCAGCAUCAGCAGCAGCAGCAACACCUGACACACCUGCAACAUUGCCCAGCGAACUGGCUUCGCCCAAAAAUUCACUUUCCGCCAAGUAUCGCAGUUUGGUCAUGAUCACCAAAGACAAUGAAAGUGCAGCUGGCGAUUACGAAAUGGCAAACAGCAGCAGCAACAGCAGCAACAGCAGCAACAUACACCACAGCAACACCAGCAACAAAGGCCCCUCCAGCAGCAACUCUUUUGGCCAGAACUUUGCGGGUGACUCAUUUCGCGCCUUGGAACUCGUGAGCAGUGAUCGCGAAUCGUACAGUGUGGACUCGCUAAACGAUGCGCCCGCUGUGCCUGAGAUCAGUGUGGAGGAUGGCCUGGCGGAUGAUGACUCCUGGGUGGAGGAACUUAGCCAGCGAGGUGAAGAUGAGGAUGAGGAGCUGAGCAAUGCCACCACCACGCCCACGGCGACGGAUUCCGAGGAUGCGGAUGGCGAGAUUGAGGGAGGAGCCAGGCGACAUGGCUAUCUGGACAGGGAGGAGGAGCUGAGGGGCUACAACAGAUCCGCCAUUGACUUCACCCUGCACACAAUAGUGGAGGAGAGCUGCGAGGAGAGCGAGGUGGCCUCCAUGAGGGCGGACAACGAAGAUGCCGAGAUGGAGGAUGAGGAUCUGGCCGAGCGAAGGAGGCAGCGCACCCUGCAGCAUCACCACCGCCUGAGUGCCUCCGAACUGGAGAAGUACUUCUUCUUUGGACUGGGCGAUGGCCGGGUGAUGAGUUCCAUCGAUACCCGCGGAGAUGACACCGCCUCCGAGGUGAGUUCCGAGUGCUCCGAGAGUCUGGACUCCCUGCCGCACGAGGAUCAGCUGCUGGACACCAGUGGAGCCUCCGAUCUGGCCUCUUCCCGGUUGGAAAAGUACUUUCUCUCCGGCUUCAUGGGCUUUAAUAGCUCCGACAAGCAGGCGGAAAGCGAUGAGAGUGGAGGCAGUGUGGGCAGCGAUAGUGAGGGUCACCCGAGUCCCAGCCAGCGAAGGAAACGACUGGUGAGAGCCAGGGGAACUCCCAGGAGUCACAACUCAUCCCUGGACAAUCUCCUGCUGCCGGAAACGGAUACCCUGGAUGCCACUGUAACAUCAGCGGGAGGAUCAGCCGCCGCGACUGUGGAGGACACAUCCGAAUCGGAGGCGGGCUGUGACGAUACUGUGAUCCAUCUGGCCAAUGCCGGAGCCUCGGAUGGCUCCUCCUCGGACACCAUAAAGCGAAAGAAGCAGCUGCGCAAGCGCCACGACUCCCUGGACGAGAAGAAGCUGCACGAUCUGGAGCCCUCUGAGUGUCGGACACCCACUCCGGGUGGCGGUGGUGGUGGUAACCAGGUGCAGAUGCAAUCCCAGGCCAAGAAGCAACAACAACAACACCACCACAGCCGGGAUAGUGGCUUCGUGGGCAGCAACGAUGAUCUGCUGAAGGCGGCUCCGGAUUGUGAGCCACCUAAGAGUCCAACGCCUGCUCUGGAGCAGAUCAGCGAGGAUCGGGAACCGGCUCACAGCCAGAUCAGUCUGGCCAAGAUGGAUCUUCCCAGCACUUCGGCAGCUGCUGCGGCUUCCACUCCUCUAACCAGCCAAUUAAGGAACCUAACCCUGCCCAACCUGGUAAGAAAAGAUAGCUUCAACAACUGGAGUUCCGAUGAGGAGACCAACCUCAUGAUGAGCAAGAUGAGGCAGUUCUUCAAGACUUUGAUUGUGGCCACUGCCAAUGCACAACAGAGUAAGCCCACCACUCCCAAUCAGGGUCAGGUCCAAAGCACCACGCCCAGUUCCCAGCGCAGAUUGGCCAAAUCCCGGCCAGCUCAAUUGGCCUACUUCGAGAACGAGCUGACCCGACUGAUGAAGACAGUGCCGGGCAUAAAUGAUGAGCAGGUGCGCGAAAUAGUGGAGUACCUGAGCAGCGAGGACACGUGGUCCGAUUCCUACGACUCCUCGGACUACACGAGCUCUGAUCUGGAGGGUGGCGAAAGAAAGGGUCAACUGAAGGCCCAGAUCUCGGCCAGCUGUCAGCAGAUUAUCAACAAAUUUGAGAUCGACGAGGAGGGCGAUCGCGGAGAUGGUGGCCUCCUGGACGAGAGCCAAAGUGUGCCCAUGGAGGCCUUGGUGUACCAGAAGCUGGUGGCUUCCUUUAGCAAGGUGGCCGCGGGUGGAGAACCCGAAAUAGAAGCUGCCCAGGAGGUGGAGGUGGAGGAGGAGGCGGAGCCCUCAACGGAGAGAUCCCCGCAACUGUUUGCCAAGGUGAUGCAGCACAUCGGCACCCGGCUGGUGGCCCUGAUGCACGAGGUAAGCAGCGGCAACGAGACGCCCACACCAUCGCCGCAGGGACAGCGGCACCAUCGAAGACUGCAGGCCAAGAUCUCGGCCACCACGACGGAGGAUGAGGACGAAGUGGAGGAGCAGCUGAGGGCCAUGCCCAUCAAGCAGCUCAAGCUGCGCAGCAGAUCCCAUGAUCUUCUGCUGGAUGGAAGCACACCCCAUUCGCACAUGCACCUGCACCAAGCUACCGUGCAUCAUCCAGGGAUUAGUGGAGCAACGGGAGUGGGAGGAACAGGAUCUGGAGGAGGAUCCACCGGCAUACCCGGACACUCGGAAACCGCCAGCGAGGAGUGCGGAGUGGCCAGUGACUACGAGCGGUUCUCGUGGCGCGGCAGUUUUGAGUCGGCAUUACUGGCUAAUGGCGACAGCAGAACGAGGCUCAGCCAGCUGAGCCAACUGGACAGGGAUAACUCGUCGUCUGCGUCCGCUUUGGCUGUGGCAAAGCGCCGAUCGGCAGGCGACCUCCUCUUCAGCCAGCACCAGGUGAGCCUCAGCCGCGAGCAGUUGGACCGCGUCCGCUCCUGCGGCAGCAUCGGCGGCGGUGAUGCCCACCACCAUCAGUUGGAGGCGUCGCCGGCCAAGCCGUGGCUCUCCUCGGCGGGCUCCUCACUGGGUGGCGAUUCCACCAAGGAUGUGCGGCGUUCCAGUGUGCCGGAUGCCAUCUACGAGACGGAUUCCAGCGAUGAGGCUGCCUCAAAUCAGUUUGGCGGUGCCAGAUCCACUUUGCCGCGGAGUCUCAACUCCGGCCAGGUGGUGGCCAGCACGAACUCGCUGCCCAGGCUGCCCACCACCGGAGUGGGUGGUGCACCCAUCACCAGCACGCCCAAGACAAAGUCACAGAGCGCUUUGAAUCACACACCCUCCAACUUGUCCACCGUUUCGGCCACUGGCAGUGCCAAGAGUGCGAGAUACCGCUCGCCAGGAUUGGCGGCUCGAGCGGCUGCUGUCAGUGGAGCGGGAGGAGCUUCUGGCAGUGGAGUGGGGGCCAAUAGUGGUUCCACGGGCUCCAAGAAACUGGGCGCGGGCUUCCAGUUCCUGUACUCCAAACGCGAUGCGCGCAAACGUCUCAACAUGUCAGCGGAGGAGGCUAAAGUGGCCGCCGAGGAACUAACUCGAUCGCCGGUGAUUGGCCAAAGGCAGACAGAUGGCACCGGCAGUCCCAUUCAGUCGCGUGCCUCCAGCGAAACGUGGCCCACCCAGUCGGAUGAGGACAUCGAUCGGCUGGUGGCCAUGCACCAGAACCGCAGCAGUCUCAGCUCGCUGGGGGUGCGUUCGGAAUCCAUGGCCAGUGUUUAUUCGGGAGCCGGUGAGGGUCGCUAUGGCACCGUGGUGGUCAAGGGUCAAGUGGAGUUCGCCAUGCAGUACAACUACAAGUUGAGUGCUUUGGAAGUCCAUGUGGUGCGCUGCAAAGACCUGGCUGCCGUGGAUGCCAAACGCAACCGCAGCGAUCCCUAUGUGAAGGUAUAUCUUCUGCCCGACAAAUCGAAGGCCGGCAAGCGCAAAACCAAAGUCAAGAAGCACACACUGAAUCCCAUCUUCGACGAGACGAUGCGCUUCCACACACCCAUUUCCAGUCUGGAGUCGAGAACUCUGUGGCUCACCGUCUGGCACUCGGAUAUGUUUGGACGGAACGACUUCCUGGGCGAGGUCAGUGUCAAUUUGCAGGGUCGCCUCUUUGACAAUCCCCAGUCGCAGUGGUAUCUACUCCAAGAACGCAGCGAACCCUUCGACGAAGUGGCCACCUAUAGGGGUGAUAUUGUGGUGGGCCUGAAAUACAUUCCCCCGGAGAACAUCAAAUCCUCGUUCUUCUCGCGCGGCUCCUCCAUCACAGGUAGCUCUUCAAAUCUACGCAAGUUUGGAGGCAGCAUCAAGUCGGUGACCUCCAAAUCGGACCGGACUUCCAAGGGCGGCCAGCUGCAUGUGCUGGUCAAGGAGGCCAAGCACCUGAGUCCCAUCAAGGCAAAUGGAACCUGCGAUGCCUUCUGCAAGAGUUAUUUAUUGCCUGAUCGCACGCGUAGCUCCAAGCAAAAGACACCGGUUGUGAAGCGCACUUUGCAUCCCAGCUGGAAUUAUACUUUCGUUUAUGAGGAUGUUUCCCUGGAGGAAUUGUCUGAACGCGCCCUGGAGCUCACCGUCUGGGAUCAUGAUCGUCUGGCCAGCAAUGAGUUUGUUGGCGGCAUACGAUUCUCUUUGGGAACGGGUCGCAGUUAUGGAAGACAGGUGGAAUGGAUGGAUGCCACUGGCAAGGAGCUCUCCCUGUGGCAGAACAUGCUGGAUCGGCCCAACUUCUGGGUGGAGGGCAGCUUGGUGCUCCGCUCCAGUUUGGAUGGCAUUCGAGCCAAUUUGCCAUAGGCCAACAUAUAGUAACUUAUUGUUUAGAACCGAGACAAACCACAAAAUCGCAGUUAGAAUGGCCAAAGGGCCCACUGCAUUGUAUUGUAUUGUAUUGUAUUAAUUAUGCGAUAAUUAUCAAUUAACGAUCACGUCGACUCUGAGAAGCAUUACUAGCGGUAUAAGAAAAGGAACGAUUGUAACAUUCACAAGUUAGUGUUAAGAGUGUGGAAUGAUGAUUUCUGAAUACUCGAAUAUGGCGAUGACGCUGCAAGUACUGCAGAUACGAAAAAAUAAAAAACAAAGUAAUCAAGGCAGACAUGAGAAACUAAGCAAAAAAAAAAACAAACCUUAUCAAGUUUAUGGCACUAAUUGUAAGCGCAAUUCUCAGCUAUUCGAUGCAGAUAAAAACUAAAAACAAAAAUGUAAAGCAAAACAAACGAUGAGGCCCCAAGGUUGGGCUGCCUAGAUAUUAAGACAAUUUGUAUGUGUGUGUUUUUUUUCCCCCUCUCCCCUCUGAGAGGCAUUCGCAAUUGGCAUACUAUAUGCGCUAAACUACGAUAAACCUACAUAUAAACGUAAAGUUAAAACCUAGUUAAAUCGAGGCAUAAGCUUACUAUGUAUAACUACCCAUAAUAUCCGAAAAAUACAAAUAACAUUUUUGUAAAUUCAA